ACCAACACCAUAUACGCCUCUCAUCCAUUCUUCCUUGUUUGCCUCAUCGAAUCAUCAGACCGGUCUCCGAUUUUUAGCCUUGUGGUGUAUUAGCAAAUAUGGAUUCAAGCAGAGGCCAAAAUGGGAUUCAACUCUUGUUAGCUGCAGAGCAAGAAGCUCAACAAAUUGUCACAGCUGCUCGAAAUGCAAAAUUGGCUAGACUAAAACAAGCGAAAGAAGAGGCUGAGAGAGAGAUAGCUGAUUUCCGUGCUCAAAUGGAAGCUGAUUAUCAAAGAAAACUGACCGAGACAAGUGGAGAUUCGGGUGCUAAUGUGAAGCGGCUUGAGAAGGAAACAAAUGAAAAAAUUGAACAUCUGCAAAAGGAAGCUGAAAGGAUUUCAACUGAUGUUGUAGAGAUGCUUCUGAAGCAUAUCACUUCUGUAAAGUAUUGAAAAACAGAAGGCUCUUUUGGAGUUUCAUGAGAAUUUGUGUUUUUUUUUUUUUUUUUUUUUUUUUGAUUUUUUUUUGAUUUUGAGUUUGCAUGUGGUGUAUGGUAUGGUGAUAUUUGUUGAUUUAUGUUUUUAUUGGAGAUGUUUUUAUUCAUUCAUGUUUGGAGUCACAAACUCUAUGAGAAAAUCUUCUUGUAAUUUUAUUUUCUUGAGAAUAAAUGAUGGGUAGGUCAUGGAUAA